CCUGAACUGUUUCCUCAUGCAAAGUAUAUCCAUUCGGUGAUGACUGGGAGUAUGCAGCUUUACGUGAAGAAGUUGAGGCAGUAUGCAGGAGAGCUGCCUUUGGUGUGUUCAGAUUAUGGAGCUUCGGAAGGAUGGGUCGGGUUGAAUGUGAACCCGAGAUCACUACCAGAAAUGGCGAUAUUCACCGUUCUCCCUAAUGUAGCUUAUUUUGAAUUUAUACCUUUGAUGAACAGUGAAGAUAUGGAACCAAGUGCAGUGGAUUUGACCCAAGUCAAAGAUGGAGAGCAGUACGAAGUUGUUAUCACAAACGGCCUAGGAUUGUAUCGGUAUCGUUUAGGAGACAUUGUGGAGGUGAGAGGCUUCCACAAUUCUUCAACCCCACAACUCAGAUUUGUUCGUAGGAAAAACCUUCUGCUAAAUAUCGACAUAGACAAGAACACAGAAGAGGAUGUUCAGCUCUCUGUGGAGACGGCUGCAAAAAUUUUAAGCGACUCAUCAUCCAACCUUGAACUGCUAGACUUCACAAGCCAUGUCAAUACAUCAACAUAUCCUGGCCAUUACGUUGUUUUCUGGGAAGUCAACGGGGAAGAAAGCGAUCAUCUCCAUCAUCAUCAUCAAGUGUUGCAGGAAUGCUGCAACUGCUUAGACAGUUCGUUCCUGGACUUGGGUUACAUGACUUCUCGGAAGGCAAGAACCAUUGGUCCAUUAGAGCUUAAGAUUGUGAGGAGAGGGACUUUCAACAAGAUUCUUAAUCACUAUGUUGGUUUAGGCACUGCUGCUACACAAUUCAAAAGUCCCAGGUUUGUUGGAGAUACUAAUGGUGCAGUUUUGGAGAUACUAAUGAACAAUGUGGUCAUAACCUACUCGAGUACUGCAUAUCCUUAGAAGUUCAGUAAUUUGUCAUAGCAUUGUUUGUUGGUUUAAAUUCUAUGAAAAUUACAAAUACCCGUAGUAUGUAAAAGGAGGACCAAUACACGGGCUUCUAGCUACUUUUGGGUUGAUGAAAACACAUUGAUCUAAAAAAAUACUCCGAAUAAGUUACUAAACUUUUCAUUGAAAC